AAUGUGAUUUCAACAAUAGUAGUUCAAAACGACCUUAUCAGUGCGACCCUGUGCGAUUGUUAACGUGAUUACCAGUUGUUUUGUUGAUGUUUUCUGAUAAGAGGUGACUUUACCAGUGUCGAUAACAUGCUUACCGAUAUGACGCCUACUGCUGGGCAAUUUUAUGGGGCCCAGAUACCAGCGAUGACUAUGAAUGUCAAAACUGCUGAUCACCCUAGUCUACGAGGCACUCCGCUAGCGAUGCUUGCCGCCCAAUGCAACAAACUCUCCAACAAAUCACCCCCACCCUUAGCAGACGCAGCAGUCGGCAAAGGCUUUCACCCCUGGAAGAAGAGCCCUCAAGGCGCUCCCUCCCCUAACCUCAUCGGAGUAUCCUCAUCAAGCUCGCUGCCACCUCAGAGAUCAUCAGCCUCGAACCCAACGUACUCUCGAUCUGUGAUGACGUCAUGCUCCAGCGUCCCCACCACAGCUUCAUACGGCAGCGAUCUGUACUUCCCUGGAGCUACAUCUCAGCCAGCAGUAGCAGAUAACUCUCAUGUUCACCAUCACCAGAGCUCCUUGCUGGGCAAGGUAGAAGGAGCUGCGACUGCGCAUCACGCUGCGUUAGGCUCGGUGUACUCUCGACAUCCGUACGAGACCUGGCCAUUCAACACUAUGUCUAGCGCCUCCCACCACGGCGGUAUCAAGAGUGACACGGUGGCUUCAGCCAACGCUUGGUGGGACGUUCAUUCCACUGCCGGCAGCUGGCUGGACAUGAGUGGUGCUGCAGGCAUGCACGCUCAAAUGGCAGCUAACUACUCCCCUGACUACUCCAGCCUGACGCAUUCUCUGGCUGCCUCGAACCAUCUGCUCUCUUCCGGGCAACACUUGCUCCAAGACACGUACAAGUCCAUGUUGCCUGGAGCUCAGAGCGUGGGCGCUUCCUUCGGGUUGCACGCUGGAUCUGCGCCCUCGCCCACAGGAGGGUCUGGGGGUUUACCGCCUCAAGUGCCCUCGCCUAGGUCCCAAAGGAGGUACACCGGUAGAGCUACUUGUGAUUGCCCCAACUGCCAAGAAGCCGAGAGACUCGGUCCUGCUGGGGUACACCUGAGGAAGAAGAACAUCCACAGCUGUCACAUACCUGGUUGUGGGAAAGUGUAUGGGAAGACGUCUCACCUGAAGGCCCAUCUGAGGUGGCAUACAGGGGAAAGGCCCUUCGUGUGCAACUGGUUGUUUUGCGGUAAGAGAUUCACCAGGUCCGAUGAGCUUCAGAGGCAUCUGAGGACACACACAGGGGAGAAGAGAUUCGCUUGUCCCGUGUGUAAUAAGAGAUUCAUGCGGUCGGACCACCUGGCUAAGCACGUGAAGACCCACAACGGGACUGGCAAGAAAGGCAGCUCGGACAGUUGUAGUGACUCUGAGGAGAACAGUCAAAGUGAUAUGACGAAUAACGUGAAUUCUCCGUCGUCUAUCAAUCAGACGCCUCCACCGUCGAAUAUGGGGUUGGAUAUGGUCACGGGGAUGGACGUGAAACCGCCUGGUUUGGUUUGAGGCAGAUGGGGCCCUGCGCUACUGUACCCCAGUUAUCCCCGCUAGCGUGAGGCCCCACAAAAAGUGAUAUUCGUCUUUGUGUAUAAAUUUUGUAAAUAGUACUUUUAUGAAUGGACAGAGCUUUAGUUGAUAUUCAUUGCUUAUAGGUGAGUCUUGUAGAGGGAUUAUUAGAAAUACUCAUGAAAGUUUAAUGUAUUUGAAACCGAAAAUAAUUUUGAGUAAGGAAGUGAUGGCCUAUUGAUCUAUAGAAAUUGCAUUCAUUAUUCUUCAUACCAGUAGUUGGUGCAAUUUAUGAAGUUGCAUGUUUUCUACAUUUUGAAUGGUCUAUAAUUUUCAGGUUUUGAUUAUGCGUACUUUUCUGGGUAGGUCUUAUCAGACCCCGUCAAGAUUCACCUUGUAUUAUUGUAUAUAUUAUAUAAUUAUAUUUCAAGAAAGUGUAAGUGGUGAAUGAAAAACGUGUCUUUAAAUGUUUUCACAUAUCAUCCCAGUUCGGCUUUUCUCGAGCUUCUCUAUAUAUUUCAUAAUACACAGAUAGUAUUUCCGUUUAUUUUCUUGAUACUGUGAGGUUUUAUGUUUCUCCUCGCCAAAGAAUCUGUAUUUUCUGUAAAUUGUAAUAAUUUCUGUAAAUUAUUGUCUAAGAGCUUUUGUGAACACGUUGAAUAUAAAAUAUCAUUAAAAAAAUUUGGAUCUAAA